AUGGACGGAGCUCGCUUACACCCCUACAACUUCCGACAGAUCUAUGUACAAGCCUGCGAAACCUUCACCCACAAGCUCCAGUGCCAAGUAUUCGUUCUCCUGAGCCAAUCCCCCAGCCCUGACAUGGAGGAGAUUAGCACGCGGCUGGAGGAGCUCUGCGAGCGAGUCAUUCAGAUUGGUUUCCUGGGUGGAGUCGGCGAAUUCGGGGUCCGCGAUGAUAGCCACGUCCGUAUCCGUUGGGGUUCGCUUCCGAUCAAGGAGAUUUGUUUUGAGAUUAAGUGGGAGCUCACCGUUAUCAAGGAUGAACUUGCUAGCGGUUCUGCAGCUCCCGUGCUGGUUGCGGAUCUUUUGGUGGAUGUUCUGGACAAUCUGCCGUUUUAA